AUGCACUUCGAGGAGAAGUGCGAGAUAACGGAGACAGCAACGAGCAAUGCUGAGACGAGACCAAUCGCUAGAAGCUCUACUACAACACAGGAGACACCGAAGAUCGUUGCAAAAUGCGAAGUUCCAGUCUUGACGGUAUCGGCGCAUACGCAGGUGAUGCUGGCAACGGCAGUCAUCGAUGUAAUUGACAGAAGCGGUGUAGCGCAUAGAUGUCGUGCGUUGCUAGACUCUGGUGCAAUGGCGAACUUCAUAUCCCAGAGAAUUAGUGAUGUGCUGCGUCUUCAUGAGAAAUGUGUAAACGUGCCAGUAAUUGGAGUGAACGGAACCCGAACAACGGUGAAAUUCAAGGUGAACGCCACCGUGAAGUCCAGGAGAACAAAUUGCGAUUUCUCUGUAGACUUUUUGAUAGUUCCUCGUAUAACUGGUGCGCUACCUCCGAUGGAGCUGGAUGCUUCAAAGUGGCCGAUUCCGAAGCAGAUACUGUUGGCAGAUCCAAGGUUUUUUUGUUACAGCCGAGUGGACAUGCUUAUUGGAGCCGAAGUUUUCUACGACCUGAUGGGAAGCGGCAAGAUACGGAUGUCAAACGAUCUUCCACUGUUGCAGGAGAGCCUUCUAGGAUGGCUAGACGCUGGAACAGUCAGCGCCGAUCGAAACGUUGGCAGUGUAAAGGUUUUGCAAGCUACAACAUCCGAUCCCAGGGACGAACAACUUAACACUCUGUUGGAACGCUUUUGGAUGAUCGAUGAACAAACGGCCGAGCCCUUGAACAAUGACUGUGAAAGACACUUCCUUGAAACGUAUUCCAGAGGAGAGGAUGGACGAUAUACCGUUCAGCAACCAUUUCGAGACGAUCCUGGUCAGCUUGGAGACUCCAGGAAUCAAGCGGAGAAGAUGUUCAAGGCGCUGGAGAACAGGCUUGAAAGGCGGCCUGAAAUGAAAAAGCUCUAUUCGGAUUUUAUCCACGAGUAUCUGGAGCUUGAUCAUGCUAGGAUACUGGAGCCUAAAGAACCUGAAAGCUCAACGACAAGGUUUCGGGUAGUAUUUAAUGCCUCCGCAAAGACCACUAACGGUGCAUCAUUGAAUGACAUUUUGAUGGAUGCUCCGACAGUGCAAAAACCUCUUUUUGAUAUCAUGCUGCAGUGGCGGCUACUUAAAUACGCCUUUACGGCUGACGCUCAGCGCACGUAUCGACAAGUGAAGAUAGACGGCGCCCAUACAAAGUAUCAGCGAUGUUUGUGGAGAGACGACAGGACUCAGCCCAUCCAAGAUAUCGAACUGCUGCGUGUGACAUAUGGUAUUGGACCAGCAGGAUUCUUGGCAACACGAUGCCUGAAUCAAUUGGCCCAGGAUGAGCGGAACCUGAAGCAAGCGCCGUAG